UGACGUGACCCUGCAAAUAGUGAUAGUCGUGGUUUCUUGUAUUUUUAGUUGCUCUGUGUAUUGUUGCGCUCUAGUGUAAUAUGCUCACUUUUUUGGCUCGUUGGAAUAAUGAGGGAACAGCGAAGCUAACAUUAGCUGGCUAGGUAAAGUAGCAUUACAUAGCUAACGGAUUAUGGCGCCCCGCUUACAGUUGGAGAAAGCGGCUUGGCGUUGGGUGGAAAGUGUGAAACCAGAGGAAAUCAGCCAGGAGCACAUCGAACUAGCAUACCGCGUCCAUCUCCCGGCCUGCAAGAGAGGAACCUGCAGGAGGAACUGCAAAGGGAAUCCCAACUGUCUUGUGGGAAUUGGUGAACAGGCGUGGCUUGGGGAGAUUGAUGAAAAUGCUUUCCAUAAUAUUGAUGACCCGAAUUCAGAACGUCGAGACAAGAACACAUUUGUCGGCCUGACCAACCUGGGUGCGACAUGCUACGUCAACACAUUCCUCCAAGUGUGGUUCCACAACCUUGAGCUGCGAAGGAGCCUCUAUCAGUGCCACAAUUCCAGAGCACAGGAACACAACAUUGAGUCUGAUUAUGAGCCUCAGUCCAUCUGUGAGCAUCUCCAGUAUCUGUUUGCACUCCUGCAGAACAGCAAUAGAAAAUACAUCGACCCGUCAGGGUUGGUCAAAGCACUGGGCCUGGACACAGGACAGCAACAGGAUGCCCAGGAGUUUUCAAAGCUCUUCUUGUCUCUACUGGAGGACACGCUGUCCAAGCAGAAGAACUUCAGCCUGCAGAACGUCAUCCAGCAGCAGUUCUGUGGACAGUUCUCCUACGUGACUGUCUGUAACCAGUGUGGACGAUCCUCUGCACUGCCGUCCAGAUUCUACGAACUGGAACUGAACAUCCAGGGUCACAAGAACCUCACAGAGUGUGUCACAGAGUUCCUGAAGGAGGAGAAGCUGGAUGGAGACAACCGCUACUUCUGUGAGAGCUGUCAGAGUAAACAGAGUGCCACCCGCAGGAUCAAACUGCAUAGUCUCCCCCCUACACUCAACCUGCAGCUCAUGCGCUUUGUCUUCGACAGACAAACAGGCCACAAGAAGAAGCUCAACACUUUCAUCAGUUUUCCGGAGCAGCUGGACAUGGGGCCUUUUUUGGAAGGGAAACAAGACCAGAAGUGUGUUUACGAACUGAGUGCAGUGCUGAUCCAUCGGGGCAUCAGCGCUUACUCGGGACACUACAUCGCCCAUGUGAAAGACGCUCGAACCAGCGACUGGUACAAGUUCAACGAUGAGGAAAUCGAGAAGAUGGAAGGCAAGAAGUUGCAGCUGGGCAUUGAGGAGGACAUUGCUGAAACAGUGAAGUCUCAGACACGAAAGCCUAAGUGCAGUAAAGGCUACCACUGUUCCAGAAAUGCCUACAUGCUGGUGUAUAAGCUCCAAGAAGAGGAGAGCUCAGAUCCUUCCAGGACUAUAGUCGAGGUGCCAGCCUUCCUCCAGAGGUUGGUGGACCAAGACAACCAUAAAUUUGAGGAGUGGUGCAAUGAAAUGGCCGACAUGAGGAAACAGAGCGUGGAUAAGGGCAAGGCCAAGCACGAGGAGGUGAAGGAGCUCUACGAGCUUUUACCUGCAAGAGACGGUGAACCGUAUGAGUUCAUACCUUUGGACUGGUUGAAGAAGUGGCUGGACGAUUCCACAUCCACAAAGGAAAUCGACAACUCUUUCUUCCUGUGUUCUCAUGGCAAACUGCAUCCAGACAAGGUGGGAGAUUCCAAGAGGGUUUCCCUACAGGCCGGUCAGCUCCUGUAUGAGCGCUAUGGUGGAGGUCCAAGACUGGAUGGCUCCUCUCUGUGUAGAGAGUGUGUUGGCCAGAGAUGCAGGGUGCUGCGACUGAAGAACCAGCUCAAUGAGGACUACAAGGAGGUCACCAAUCUGGUCAAACGCACACUCAGUGGGGAGGGCUACUGGGUGGGUAAAGCAUCUCUGCGUAGCUGGAGGCAGUUAGCUCUGGAGCAGCUGGAGGAGGAUGAACAUGAGAGCAAACACAGCAACGGCCAGACCAACGGACAGGGACCACACAGCAACAACUGCAAAGAGUUCGGCCCGGAGCUCUCUGAGGGCAAUGAGGAGGAGAUGAAGACUUUCAAUGAGGAUAUAGUCUGCAGUCACGGAGGUCUGAGUAUUCUGGAGACUGAACGGAAGCUGGUAUCCUCUGAAGUUUGGACCAAGUUGAGGGUGUACUUCCCCAAAGCCCCAGAAUUUACUCAAAUCCAAGAACAAUGUCAGCAGUGCCUGACAUUAGAGCAGGAAGAAAAGGACAAUGAGGCUGUCAGUAAGAUGAUGGCUCUGGACCAGAAGAACCAGCUGCUCAACCUCUUCAAUGAGAAGAACCGGCCAACACUCACCAAGUGGCCUCAGGACACAGAUGUGCUUUACAUCGUCCCUCUGUUUUUUGUGGAUGAAUGGAGAAAAUUCAUCAGGAGGCCCACUAAAUCUUCUCCAGUGUCUAAUGUGGGCAACAGCCUGCUUCUCUGUCCCCACGGAGGCUUCAUGUUCACCUACGACUCCCUGAUCAGCGGAGAUGCACAACAUAUAGCUCUGCUAUGGCCCAGCGAAUGGGAUGUGAUCAGCAGACUCUUCAUUGUGGACCAGCCAAUCUCCAUCCACUGCUUCAAACAGACCACGCCUACUGGUCCCACCACCCAGUACACCACCCAGCCUGAUCUAUGUUGGGAGUGCAGAGAGGGCUUCCUUUUCCAGCAGCAGAGGGACCUCAGAGAGUACACCCAAGCCACCAUUUACAUCCGCAAAGUCAUCGAAGAUAAGAGGAUGAUAAAAGAAGCAGCUCCAGAGCUGAAUGCCAGCAGCUCCGAGGCAGAGGAGGAGAAGGAAGAACACCCAAAGGUGGAAGGAGAGAGAGACCCAGACUUCACCCAGUCCCAAGAUGGUGCAAAGCGGCUUAAGUUGAGUGAUGACAACACUGCAGCAGAAGCAGCAACAGUUGUUCCUGUAACCAAUGUGACCAAACUAGGUGGCAUCAGGAGAAGCACCCGGCACAGGAAACUCAGAGGAGAGAAGGCACUCAUCGUUUCAGCCAAUCAGACCCUUAAAGAACUGAAAAUCCAGAUUAUGCACGCCUUCUCUGUGGCUCCUUUUGACCAGAACCUCUCCAUUGAUGGAAAAAAUCUGACCGAUGACUCAGCCACACUGGGCAGCCUGGGUGUCAUCCCAGAGUGCAUCAUCUGUCUAAAGGCUGAUGAGCCAAUAGCAGACUACGCUGCAAUGGAUGAUGUCUAUCAGGUGAGAAUGCCUGAAGAGGGAUUCAAAGGCACUGGGCUUCUUGGGCACUGAGGAAAUCAGCGCUGUAGCUAUGUUUGAAUUGGACAGAUGGAAAUUUUAAAAAAGCUUGAAUUUGUCAAGUGUCCAUAUAUAAAUAAGUGCUUUAAUUUGUUUUAGUAAUUUUAUUUUUUUUACGUUUUGAGUAGGCUUUCUUUAAUAAACUGUGACUAUAUUGCAAAUCCGCUGUUUUUUUCCAUGAAGUUAGCUGGCCUUUGAUAUUUAAAGUUCCUAAUCAUUCUGAAGGACUGUGGUAGUGCUUCUCCCUGAUAAAUAGAAACAGGAUAUGGAAGCUAAGUGGAUCUGUUGUACUCUGAAGCUUGGCUUCAGUUAAGUUCUACUGUUACUUAUAAACACGAGCUUUGUUUAUGAACUCUUUUUAAAUUAUGGCAGAAUAAAAAUUCAAGAUAAUGUUCUUUCUUUCCAUUAUGUGGAAGCUUGUGUUCUCACUGCAGAUUUUUCAGGUUUGUCUAAAGAAUGCACGAGUAUGUUAAGUAUUACAAAUAUAACUGCUCUUAAAUGUUAGAACAUUUAUUACCUCUACAGCAAAUCUAUAUCCAUAUACUCCAUAUGGCAUUUAGGAAUACAUAACUACACAGUAUGUAAAGAGGCUAAUUCUUGCAGAAAUGUCAGCAGUGCAAACCUCAUGGGUUGGAAGUGAGAAAGAGAAUGCAAGCAGUGAUAUGUACUGUUCUUUUCACUGUUAUUUCUU